GUAUUUUUGUGUAUUUUUUUUUUAAACCUCGAAUGCACCACUCGGCACUCACCCUCGCCUCCCUAACCUUGCUCUCGUUCGCUUUUUUCUUUCUCCUCUGUUUGAAGUGGUUCUUUUCCUUUUUUCUUUUCUGAUUUUUAGUGUUUGUUUUUGCCCAAACGGCACUGACCUGCGCCGUCUUCUCAGCCGAGGAUCUGCACAGGGCACAGGGCACAGGGCACAGGGCGCAGGUCGUCUUCUCAGGCGAUGAUCUUCCAGAUUUUUGUCUCCACGCCCGUCCAUAUGAUCGACUUAAUCGGCUACAGUUCUUUUGGUAGGGUGUUGACACUGGGUUGCUAGCACACUCCUGUGUUAUGUAUGGGGUAUGUUCAUUGAUUCAUCAUCAUCGUUAUUAUGCAGAGAAGAUGUUUCAGCGGUUGUUAGGUGGGUCGGAAGGAUUUCUCUACGGACGUCAGGUGGGAUUCAAUUACCAGCAGAAAUGUAGUCUUGUUAAUGUAAAGUUGAAAUGGGUGAAAGACAGAGCACUUGAUGCCACUGUGGUUGGUGGGAGGGAUCUCAGAGCAGCCUGCAUCCUUGUAUCAAUCAUAUCCUCUGAUCUCCAUGGCUGCCUCCCCAUUUAUCGCCUUGCCCGCCACCGAAGACUACUCAGUCUUCCACAUGAUCUCAAGCUCUCCACUUUUAUCAGGAGAUAUCCCACUCUUUUUCAUGAAUUUCAUGUUCAUGACAGUGGGGGAACUCGUGUUCCCUGGUUCCACUUGACAGACGAAGCCGCUAAUCUCCACCAGAAAGAACUUAGUUUCAUCCUACAGAAUCAUAUGGAUAUCCUUACUAGGCUUCGCAAACUGCUCAUGCUCACUAGAGAGGGGACUCUUCCUUUACAAACCAUUGAUCAACUAAAAUGGGACCUAGGCUUGCCAUACGAAUACCAUCAGUCAUUGAUUUCAUGUCACCCUGAAUUAUUCUCUUUAGUCCGCCUUCCUGAUGAUCGUGUUGGUCUGAAACUUACCUGCUGGGAUGAUGGCCUAGCCAUUUCCCAAUUGCAAACGAAUGCUAGUUUACAACAAACAGAAGAAGAUUUGAAAAGUGGUACCUUAGCCUUUCCAAUUCGAUUCACGAGGGGCUUUGGACUGAAGAGAAAAUGCAUGGAGUGGUUAAAAGAGUGGCAGAAGCUCCCUUAUACCUCUCCUUACUCGGAUGCAGCCCAUUUGGAUCCACGCACAGAUGUUUCUGAGAAAAGAAUUGUUGGGGUCUUUCAUGAACUUCUCCACCUCACCAUACAAAAGAGAACUGAGCGUAAGAAUGUUAGCAACCUUCGUAAACCACUGGCCCUGCCCCAGAAGUUUACUAAGGUGUUUGAGCGCCAUCCUGGCAUUUUCUACAUUUCCAAGAAGUCUGACACCCAAACAGUUGUCCUUAGGGAAGCCUAUGAUGGUCCGCAACUCCGACAGAAACAUCCUCUUGUAGAAAUUAGGGAAAGAUUUAUGACCUUAAUGAGAAAUGGGCUACUCGAUCGGAGCAGGGGCUUAUACAAGAAAACAACAGACAUUGCUCUAGAGGAGUAUCCAUCAGAGGAUAAAUGUUGGGGUGAACUCAAUAAUGAUAGCUCUAAAUCCGGAGGAGAAUCAGAAUCAGAGUGUAUAUAUUUUUCUGAAUAUGAUUCAGAUGAACCAAUGCACGAUCAUUGUUAAAUGCAGUGAUGCUGAUAACGAGAAUGAAAUAUUUUAACAAAAGGGAAUCUUAAUGCACUGUCACCAUAAAGGGUGGUCAUUCUGAAAGAUGGCUUCUAUUAAAUGAAUCAAAUGAGUUUGUUGGGGGAUAAAGUUGCAUUACUUGCAUAUACACUUUCUCAAGGCCCAAAAAUGAUGGCUUGUGUUGAGCAAUUGCAGAUCUAGCAUACACAACAACUCAUUGGAAAAAGGAAAUAGCAAUGGCAAAGCAGAAAUUUACCUCCUUCCUCCCCUUCUUCUUUUGCUUGUGAAUUUGUAGUGUAUAAAGCCUGUUAGCUUCUGUGGUGAUGUGUCCUUCUGUCUCUAUGUGGUAUAUUCCUUGUUUGAAUUAGCCUUGGGCCAGUUUAAUUGCUGAUCUGCCUAAAUGGAACUGUGGGAUGCAAAAAUGGAAGUGUGCUCAUGCCUAUUUCAUGUUUUAACGCUCAAGCAACCAAUUAUGGAAUGUCCUCCUCUCGUUCUU